ACGAGAGCGCGACAACAUUGUAUCAGCUCGAGGAAGGUCUGGUCUGUCAUUUGAUUUUUAGGAUCAGGUGUAAACACCACAAACAUAUAUAUAUAUAUAUUUAUGAAUUGUACGUGUCGUAUCGCCGAGGACUUUUAGAGUUCAAAAUGUCGACUUUGAGCCUACCAGUUCUGCGGUGCUCAGUGGAUCCUGAUGCAAAGUUCAUCUCUCUGUGCUGAACAACCUGAGCACUAACGUCUGUGUUUGGCUUGAACCGGUCCAGAAGACUCAUUUGUAAUCGUUGCUGGAUAAUUCAAAAGCACUAUGGCGAAGUCUGGAUAUGGCUACUACAGAACUACUAUUUUCCUUGCCAUGUUUGUGGGCUAUACAUUGUACUGCUUCAACAGGAAGACGUUCUCCUUUGUAAUGCCCUCUGUGAUGCAAGAGAUCAAGUUGGAUAAAGAUGACUUGGGUCUUAUCACCAGCAGCCAGUCUCUGGCCUAUGCUAUCAGCAAGUUCAUUAGUGGGGUGCUCUCCGAUCAGAUAAGUGCACGAUGGCUUUUCUCUAUUGGCCUCUUCAUGGUUGGUGGCAUCAACGUGCUGUUCUCACAGUCCUCCACUGUGGUCAUGUUCUCUGGGCUCUGGUUCCUGAAUGGACUUGGCCAGGGCUUUGGGUGGCCACCAUGUGGAAAAGUGCUUCGUAAGUGGUUUGAGCCAUCUCAGUUUGGGACGUGGUGGGCAGUGUUGUCCUGCAGUAUGAACCUGGCUGGUGGACUGGGGCCAAUCAUUGCCAUGCUUCUGGCUGAGAGCUACAGCUGGAGGUUUACUCUGUCCAUCUCUGGCCUGACUUGUGUGGUCAUGUCAGUCUUCUGUCUACUGGUGAUCCAGAACGAGCCUAAAGAUGUUGGACUGCCCAAUAUAGAAGCUAGUGCAAAGAAAGGCAAAGCAGGCUCCAGAAGGGAUGACAGCACCUUGAGGGAGUUCCUUCUGUCUCCGUAUCUCUGGUUACUGUCAUUUGGCUACCUGGUAGUGUUUGGAGUCAAGACUGCUUGCACAGACUGGGGACAGCUCUUCCUCAUCCAGGACAAGGGCCAGUCAGCAUUAAUGGGCAGUUCUUACAUGAGUGCCUUGGAGAUUGGGGGGCUGGUGGGCAGUUUAGCUGCUGGAUAUCUGUCAGACAGGGCUGUGGCACAGCAAGGACUGCAUGCAUACGGUAACCCACGGCAUGGUCUCCUGCUGUCAAUGAUGGCAGGAAUAUACGUCUCCAUGUACCUCUUCCGAACCACUGUCACUCAGGAAAGUUCAAAUGUUUGGAUUCUCUCUCUGGGUGCUGUUUUUGGCUUCUCUUGUUAUGGACCAAUUGCUCUAUUUGGAGUCAUUGCUAACGAGAGCGCUCCUUCCAACUACUGCGGAGCGUCACAUGCUAUUGUAGCCUUGAUGGCAAAUGUUGGAGGUUUUCUUUCUGGGUUGCCAUUCAGCACUGUUGCAAAACACUAUGGCUGGGAUACAGCAUUCUGGGUAGCAGAGGUAACCUGCGCCGUCACAACAGUUAGCUUUUUCCUCCUCCGUAACAUCCAAACCAAGAUGGGACGUGCUCUGAAGAAGACUGAUUGAUCAACAGUGUUACUGGAGCUUCAUGAGUUUUUAACAACAAAGUGGUGUAUCCAACACUUACAGUAUGAUUUCUUGUAAAAACAAACAAACAAACAAACACAACAACAAAGGUUGCCAGUAUGUUCAGUGUAAAAUUAUUAGACAGGAUUCUGUUGUACAUGCAAAGAAAUUUUUGUGCUAGUAUUAUAAAAUCAAAAAUUGUGUCAUCCCAGGUAGUGAAGUUGCUCUAAAGAUCCUUAAAAUGGUUCUGGAUUAGCCUUGAAACACUGUGGAGAUUAUUGUGUUAUGCUUUGGGGAAACUUAUUCUUAGCACCUGAAAGGAAUAAAUGUUCAGGAAUAAAUACAUUUAAACACCAUGUCAAAGUACAUCUACACACAAUUAACUUCAAAGUUACAAAUUGUGGGCUUACAGUGGAAAACAUAUUCCUUUGAACAUAUUUUAAGGAUGUGGAAUUGGUGUGCUGUAUAAUUUGUAGAUACUCUCCCUUUUUCUACUUUCAACCCAUUUUUCAUAAUGAAUAUUUUCACAGAUUUAAUUAUAAAAUCAGUAUUUUGAUAAGUAACAAACAUCACUGUGUGCAAGUUAUUUUAAAGAAGUAAUAAUAAAAAAAUGAAUAAUUCCAAGUGCCAAGUUAAAACCACUUCCAGCAUUCUCAUGACUAAUGGGUCAUUUAUUUUGCAUUCAAGGAGAUAGAGGCUUAACAACUCCAACUGACAUUGAGACAACUCAACACGGUUCUACCUCUUUAUUGUUGCUAUAAUUUUAUAUGUGGUGUUAUGGAAAUAUAUUAUAUAUAUUAAAUAAAGAUGUUACAAACAUCAGA